UUUUGUUUUGUUUUAUCGCGUAGUGAUUUGGUUCCCGUGAGCGCUGAUAGUGUGGUGCUGCUGCCGCGUGUACGGGUCAUAGUUUCGAGCAAAACGCUGCCAUACACUUUCAUCCCCUAGCGCAAUCCCACCAGCCAAGUUUGUUCGAUUCGGGGUGCGUUUUAUAAUUGUAGUGAUCCCCGGCACUGUGGAUGAAGACCACCACGCACGGUCAACGGUUUUACGAACGUGCAAGCAGCAAUGGCACUUCGGGACGCGCACACUAACACUGCAAGCCUGCGUUCGACUGUGUCCGACAAUCGCUAAAGUCCAUCCACGGGCUAUCGACAAUUUACCAAGGUUUGCAGUAUGUCGAUUAUCGACGCUAUUAUCGGCCCCGUUUUCGUUUCAUCAGCAUCUCAGUGAGCUGUCGGACGUGUAGAGAGCUGAAGAGGUUUUCAUCGGAGGAAGCGGAACUACAUCCUCUACAAUCAACCAAAAGAACCUGCAAGCAAACACAGAGUGUGGGAUACGUUCACAAGGGAAGUAAGAGAGCUGGUGCAAAAGAGGAAGUUGUUCCGGUGUCCAUCGUCCAUCAAGCGGAGAUCAAGCAACUCUGAUGGAGCGACUUCAAAGGCAUCCGCGUUGGAGUAGCACAGCGUCGACCAAGUGUGGUCUGAUGUCGCGUUGGUUGUUCCUAGGAAUGCUGCUAGCACUGACGAUCGGCAUGGCUAGCGCGUACAAAGUGGGUGUGGGACGAGCGGACUGCACUGGACCUUCGGUGGAAAUCACUUUUAUGGGCUACGCACAGGUGACGCAGCGUGGAACUGGCAUUCAUCUGCGCCAAUACGCACGGUCCUUCAUAAUUGAAGAUGAGACCGGCACACGGGUCGUGUUCGUCAGUGUUGAUGCCGGCAUGAUGGGCCACGCGAUCAAGCGCGAUGUGCUGGCCGUGCUGCAGAAGAAGUACGGUGAACUGUACACCCACGAGAACGUCGUUAUCAGCGGUUCACACACCCACUCGACACCGGGCGGUUUCCUGAUGUACCUGCUGUACGAUCUAACCACGCUCGGGUUCGUCCCGGAGACGUUCAAUGCGCUGGUGCACGGUAUCGCGCAGAGUGUCAUCCGUGCGCACAACAACAUGGUCGAUGCGAAGAUUUACGUCUCAGAAACGGAGGUGUUGGACGCUAACAUUAACCGGAGUCCGUCCGCUUAUGAGAACAACCCUGAAGAGGAACGGGCACAGUACGAGCACAACGUGGACAAGACGUUGGUGCAGCUGCAGUUCGUGCACGCACGCGAUGGUACACCGUUCGGUGCGAUCAACUGGUACGCGGUCCAUCCUACCUCGAUGAACAACACGAACCGGCUGGUAUCGAGCGAUAACGUUGGCCUGGCUGCGAUAAUGCUGGAGCAGGAGAGAAAUCCUGGUUCGCUAGUUGGCAAGGGUGAGUUUGUCGGCGCGUUUGCGUCCAGCAAUCUGGGCGAUUCCUCACCGAACAUCAACGGCCCGAAGUGUGAGAAGACGGGCCUACCGUGUGAUGUACUGACCUCUUCGUGUCCAUCUGGCGCUGGUGCAUGCUUUGCGUCCGGACCCGGUCGUGACAUGUUCGAAAGUACGCAAAUUAUCGCCGAUCGGUUGUAUCGGGCAGCGGCCGGGUUGCUUGGUACGGGAAAGUCUACCAAAGCACGUGAGGUGACCGGUCCGGUUGGGUUCAUGCAUCAGUACAUAGACAUGACAACGGCAGAAACGGUCGCCUUCGAUCGGGCGUCACGUAGCUUGGUGCGUGUACGAGGCUGUUUGCCUGCAAUGGGGUACAGCUUUGCCGCCGGCACUACAGACGGUCCGGGUGCGUUCGACUUCCAGCAAGGCACGAUCACGGACAAUGUGCUGUGGAAUGCGGUCCGAGACUUUAUUGCCGAACCGACGCAGGACGAUAAGGAUUGUCAGGCACCGAAGCCGAUUCUGCUCGCGACCGGUCGUGCCCGCUUCCCGUACGAUUGGCAGCCCAAAAUCGUACCGACCCAGCUGCUGGUCGUCGGAGACUUUGCAAUGACCGCUGUACCGGGCGAGUUCACGACGAUGGCCGGUCGUCGGCUGCGUACGACAGUUGCCCGUGCCUCAGUAGCGGCCGGUGGACGUGAUCUGCAGGUUGUGGUGGCAGGCCUGUCCAACAUGUACACGAGCUACAUCACCACACCGGAAGAGUACGAAAUUCAGCGUUACGAAGGUGCAUCUACGCUUUACGGACCGCACACCCUGACGCUGUAUCUGGAGCAGUACAAAAAGUUGGUCGGUGCGCUCGUACGCAACGAGUCUCUGCCGGCUGGUCCAACGCCACCGUACGAGGACGACAAACAGAUUUCACUUACGACCGGCGUCAUCUUCGAUUCGCAUCCGCUCGGCAAAGAGUUUGGUGAUGUGAAGGUACAGCCGGAACCGGUUUACGAGCGUGGUGCGACCGCUAGUGCCGUAUUUAUUGCGGGCAAUCCGCGCAACAAUCUAAUGCACGACAAAAGCUUCUUUACGGUCGAACAGCAGCAGCUGGACGGCAACUGGACUGUCAUCGCUACCGAUGCGAACUGGGAGACGAAGUUCCGUUGGGAACGCACCUCCACCAUACUGGGCUUUAGUGAUAUCGAGUUUAGCUGGACGAUUGGGCCAAACACACCGGAAGGAAUGUACCGUAUGCGACAUUUUGGCUAUUACCGAUACAUCCUCGGCGGAGUCUAUCCGUACGUGGGCAUUACAAACACGUUCAACGUAAACUAGGGGAUCUCAUGAGGCGAUGGAGGUUCCACUGUGCAGCCAUACUAGCAUUGAAUUCGUUGUAUCGAAACAAACAUUUGAAUGUAGAAUUACAAAACGUAUGGAGAAGACCCAGUGAUGUCUUUUUGUCUCGGGACGUUAAGACCGUGGCAAACGUACAGUAUGAACGAGUGAGAGAGGUAGAGUGAGAUGCAAAUGAAGAAGAAAAAAAAACAUUCCAUUGCUAUCUUGUAACCAAAUAGACUAGUCACUGGAUAUUCGCGCUUAGUUAGAAAUUAUUUUUCGAUUACGAAUUUUAUAUUAAACCAAUACCUAUUCCAAAAUCUA